CUCCCUGAGAGGCGCAGCGUUUCCUUCAUCCAGAGUUUGCCGACAAACUUAAAACCAUUUUUCGCUCUGGUCUGAGGUCUCUUUAUGUAGCAUAAAUGCCGAAACUUCCGCCCAAAGCUCCGGGUUUCGUCGCCGUCUUCGUCUACGUUCAUUGCUAGGCGAUGGACGGGCAGCAGAUCCAGGUGAGCGACGAAGAGCCCAAAGUCCUGCGAGAAGAGACCCGGAGAAGGAGAAGAAAGAAAGCCAUCACCUCGUCCUCCUGCACCUCCAUGGAUCAGAUCACUGUUGAGUUCGUCCUGCCCACUGCGACGCGUGGUGGGAACAGCCCCGACACUCUGCUGCUGGAGGUCGCUGGAAACUGGACGGUGGAACAGGUGAAAGCUCAGGUGUGGCUAAAGGCGGUGACUCUGAACCUCUGUCCUGACUUCUACCAGCGGUAUUCUCCUGAUCACUGCAUCCUGCUCUAUCAGAAGAAAGGCAACAUAUGCGAGAUCUACGACAAGCACCAAGUCUUCCAGACGCUGGACUGCAUCCGUUACUGGAGAGCCCUGAAGAAAGACGUGGGGCGGAUCCAGUUGGCUCCCCGUCCGCAGCCCUCAGAUGAGUCCCUGCAGUACCAGCGCUACUUAAACUACCUGAUCGGCUACGACGUGACAGAUGUCAGCAAUGUGCACGACGACGAGCUGGAGUUUACCCGCAGGAAGCUGCUGACACCAAGACGCAUCGAGCUGUCUGACCGCGAUGCAAAACUCUACUCCAUGGACCCCUGGGUGACCCGCAAGCCGCUGCCUGACCAUCUCCUCAGCAAGGUCAGUAACGGUCACAUCCUGGUGGUGAUCCACAUCAGCACAGCCAGCCAGACCAUCAAGGUCUCCAUCGAUGACACGCCAGCACAGGUGUUGGUGAGCUUUUUUGCCAAGACGGCAAACAAGAGAGUUUUGCUGGGGAUUCCUGACAACAUGUGUGAGGCAGACUUUGUGCUACGUGUGUGUGGGAGGGAGGAGUACCUGUACGGAGAUAAACCGCUGCAGAACUUCAACUGGAUCCGUCAGUGUCUGAAGAACGGGGAGGAAAUCCACCUGGUUCUGGAGAGGCCACCUGAUACAGAGCUGGAUCUGGUUCAGAAGGAGGACUGGGCACAAGUGGAUGACUGCACUGGAGUCGCAGGUACCCAUGAGCAGCUGACCAUCGAUGAGAAGGACCACGAGCGAGUGUUCACCAUCUCUAUGUGGGACUGUAACAGGAAGUUCAGAGUGAAGGUGCUGGGUAUUGACAUCCCAUCCCUCCCCAAAAUCCCGGAGUUUAUUGUCUUCAUUGAAGCCAGCAUUUUCCAUGGCCAGCAGCUUUUAGCCCAGGAGAGGACGUCCUCUAAAACCUUCAAUGAAGAAGUGCUGUGGAACUGCUGGUUGGAGUUUAACAUUAAGAUCAAGGAUCUGCCUAAAGGAGCACGACUCAACCUCCAGGUGAGCUGCGGGAAGCAGCCCUUGACACCAAACUCCAAGGGAGCCUCAGCCUACCAGGAUAGUACAGCAGGGACAGGCAGCCAUGAUGGUAAAACCAAGAGCCGACUUCUGUACUACGUCAACUUGCUGCUGAUCGACCACCGCUCUCUGCUGCGCCAGGGUGAGUUCAUCCUCCACAUGUGGAAAAUGCCAGAGAAGAGCGAAGAGAGCAGCAGCAGCAUAAACGCAGACAAGCUCACCUCAGCCACCAACCCAGACAAGGCCUCUGCCAUGGCCAUCGCCAUCCUACUAGACAAGUACUGCUACCCUGUGGUGCUGCCCAAGAGUCGAGAUGUGGGCCGGGACGUCGGGGCCGGAAGUGAGGAGGCAGAGGGAGGAGAAAGAGGUCAGAGAGAGAUGCCGAAUCACCUGAAGAAACAGUUUGAAGCUAUCGUGGCCACCGACCCCCUGCAUCCUCUCAGUCCUGAGGACAAAGAGCUGCUGUGGCACUUCAGACAUGAGUGUAUGCGUGACCCCAGGGCUUACCCAAAGCUUCUGGGUUCAGUCAGGUGGGGGAAACAGGAAGAUGUUUUGGCAAUACACCGUCUACUGGAGCGCAGCAGCGCGUGGGACAGCAGUGGUCUGGAUGUUGGUCUGGCCAUGCAGCUGCUCGACUGUCACUACUCAGACGCUCAGGUUCGCUCUAUGGCUGUCAGGAAGCUGGAGACUUUGGGAGAUGAUGAUGUGCUCAGAUACCUUCUGCAGCUCGUACAAGCAGUCAAGUUUGAGCCCUACCAUGACAGUGCCCUGGUCAGGUUCCUGUUGAAGAGAGCACUGAGGAGUAAGCGCAUCGGCCAUUUUCUCUUCUGGUUCCUACGGAGUGAGAUCGCCCAGUCAAUGCAUUACCAGCAGAGAUAUGCUGUCCUGCUGGAGGCCUACCUCAGAGGCUGUGGUGAAGACAUGCUGCAGGACUUUAGGAAACAGGUGGAGAUGACGGAGGCUCUGCAGAAAGUGACCCGUGAGAUGAAGGCCAUGUCCGCCGAGAAGUACGAUAUUACUGCACAAGUGGUGUUUCAGUUGCGUCAGAAGCUGGAGGCACUGCAGUCAUCUGGUCUGCCGGAGAGUUUCAGAGUCCCUUACGAUCCUGGACUAAGAGCUGGAGCCCUGAUGAUCGAGCAGUGUAAAGUGAUGGCAUCUAAGAAGAAGCCCCUGUGGCUGCAGUUUAAAAGGGCCGACCCCAGCACUCUCUCCAAAGACCCCAUCGGCAUCAUCUUCAAAGACGGCGAUGACCUCAGACAGGAUAUGCUCAUCCUGCAGAUUCUGCUGAUCAUGGAGUCGAUCUGGGAGACUGAAUCACUGGAUCUCUGUCUGUUACCGUACGGCUGCAUCUCCACUGGAAACAGAAUAGGUAUGAUAGAGAUUGUGAAGGAUGCCACCACCAUAGCUAACAUCCAGCAGAGUGUUGUGGGAAGCACUGGAGCUUUUAAAGAUGAAAUCCUUUAUCAGUGGCUGCGGGACAAGUGUGUCAGUGAGGACAAGUUCCAGCAGGCUGUGGAGAGGUUCCUGUACUCCUGUGGUGGCUACUGUGUGGCUACCUACGUCCUGGGUAUUGGGGAUCGCCACAAUGACAACAUCAUGAUCACUGAAUCUGGGAAUCUCUUCCACAUCGACUUUGGUCACAUCCUGGGGAAUUACAAGAGUUUCAUGGGAAUCAGUAAGGAGUGGGUCCCCUUUGUGCUCACACCUGACUUCCUAUACGUCAUGGGAACAUCAGGAAAGAAAAGUAGCCCCAACUUCCAGAAAUUCCAGGACGUGUGUGUGAAGGCUUACCUCGCCCUUCGACACCACACCAACCUGCUCAUCAUCCUCUUUUCCAUGAUGCUGAUGACCGGAAUGCCCCAACUGACUAGUAAGGAGGAUAUUGAGUACAUCCGCGAGGCGCUGACUGUCGGCCGCAGCGAGGACGAGGCGCAGCGUCACCUACUGGACCAGAUAGAGAUCUGCAGGGAAAAAGGCUGGAUGGUUCAGAUCAACUGGUUUGUUCAUCUGGUGCUGGGGAUCAAGCAGGGGGUGGAGAAACGGUCUACUUAAGACUCUGUAUCACUGAGGAAAGAUUAAGAUUUGAGGGUUUUCCUCUUAGGAUUUUUACUUAAGGCAUUUCUGUUUUUUAUUUGAUGUAAAUAAGAGUCUUAAAGGAAGGCUCCAACAGAAGACUGAAAAGUCUAGAAAGCUAUAAAAAUGAUCACACAUUUUUGUUUAUAAAGAUUUUUAAUUUUAGACCACAGGUCAUCUCAAAUAUGAAGACAUUUUAAUGAAGAAGAUUAAUAAGGUCAGAAUUAUAACUAAGAGAUGGCAUGUGACCAUCCUGUCAAUACCAGUCAUUUCAACUGUGGUAAAAGGCUGAAAAAGUCUGCAAGAGAGAUUAUGACACUGCAUGUCUGCAGACUUGGCACCAAGAUGCAUAAAUGCUGAAUUAAAUGUAAUUAUAUUCUAUGGUCAGGAGACGUAGAGCAGAAAAUAAUUUCCACAGGAGCGACUGUUGUCAUUGCACUGCUUCAACCAAGUCAAACAUUUACACCAAAAUCAGUAGCAUUUAUAGGAGGUUUUUUUCUCUUUUGCCUAACUAAUUGUUAUGGCAAUCAUUGCAUAAGUCUUUCCCUUUUCACAGACAUUUUAAGGUGUUUCUUUGAUUAAAAACAGUUUGCUAUCUGCUUAACCACCCCAAACAGUUGAUGAUAAUGAUUUUGGUUAAAUAAGGAACCCUUUCAAAAUAAAAAACAGAGAGGAAACCCUUUUUUACAUGAGCAAGGAAAUGGAUCUCUACACCCUCUAUUUGUAUCCUUUGACAAACCACUUCCUGUUCCUAAUUGUCUCAUUCAAAGCCAUGUCCUGCUGAGGACACACAUUUCCUUCACAUUGUCUUAUUUUUAAACCUUAGUACAUGUUACACUGUUUAUUGGAUUAUCGUCCAAAGCUGUUAGAUUUAAUAUUAAAGAGAGAGUCUGUUAAAAAAUGUUCAUUAUUCAAAACAUUUUGUUAUACUGGAUAUAGAUAGCUUCAUCAAUAACUAUUUAAUGAGUCUGAGAUUGAUAAUAAUAUAAUACUGACGAAGCGUGAGAGUUUUAUUAUUUAUAUCAUUAACAAUCUUUUUAUUUGCACUGAUUGUUAAGGAAUACUGCACUAAGAUGUCCAGGUGCUCCUGAAAUUUAAAUUCCAAAACAUAUAUUAAAGGUCAAAUUUAAUGAAGUUAAUAUAUAACUACUGUAAAAGACUGUUAAAGGCUGUACGUUCUGGCUUGCUGGUGAUAUUCAGCACAUGCUGGUCAGUGCUGGAGUCACUUAUUGAAUAGUGGAACAUGUAAAUUAUUUCUUUGUCUACUGCCAAAUGAUUUGGAACAUUUCAAUUACAUCAUAAAUUUUAAAACCUGUAUGUGAGGUCAUAGUUUCAAGCAAAGUAAAAUCCCAUACAAGCCAAAUUUGAUAGAAUGCAACAAGUUCAUAAUGAACACAUCUCUCAAUAAGGUUUUGUUGAAAUGAAUCCUGACAAACGUAUGAGAUGGCAGCUGGAGACUGAAGCAGGUUAAAGCUGGGAUAGGCAGUUUUAUUUUGGCUUCAUAGGGCAGAAAUCCCACAAUAGCCUUUAAACAUGUUGUAAUUCAAGUUGACUGAGGGAAAACGGCUGCACCUCCUCUUGGCUCUGUUUUCAGGCUUUAGAAAAUCUAGCCCAUAAUGGGAGACCGUGGCCAAUGGCAGGUCAUUUCAGAGAGAGAGCAUUCCUAUUGGCUGUUCUACAAAUGUAGAUUUGUUUACACUUCCCUUCAGAUGGUGAAAGCCUGAUUCAGUGACAGAGAGCCAACAGCUGCCAACUUUGCAAAGCAACCCCCUAAAAAGGAAGAUGGACUUAUUAAAAGAGAGUCUAAAAGAGAGUCUGACAAUAAACGCAUAAAAAAUAUGUCAAUAUUGGCAAAGCGUUUCAGAGAGAGAGGAUAUGUUGCUAAUAGUUUAGCCUUCUGCUAACCAAAGCUAAAGGCUCAUGGCUGCAGCUUUAAGUUCACGUUUAUGUAGCUUAGGUUAGCUAGAGCCUCAAAUCACAGUCUGUCCACCGGCUCACUCUCCGCCGCUACAGACCAUCUCGUCGGAGGGAGAGCAGGCAGCAGCACCAAUGAUGGACCUAUAUUCAGUGAUGCAAGCAACUUUACUAGCCAGUGCAAACCUCAGCUCUAGGGGAUCAGACAAUCCUGACUCCCCAUUGGAUCAGCUAACAGGUUAGACCUGGUGUUGCCGUUGGCCGCCAGCUCACUGUGACACUCUGAGCUGGAGGGUUGCACUGGCAGAAUUCAAGCCGCUACUGCCAUAGACCAAAGGUCCAUCUCUCGAGCCACUGCCUUCUCUCCUUCCGGAGAAGCAGUCCAUAGCAGCAAGGAGUGAGGAAGAGGGACUGUGAUGUGGCAAGCUAGAUAUAAUGAAACAAGAUUAAAAAAUAAACCCGUGUAUGGAAAACACUGGGUUAUUGUAUGAAGUGCGUACCCAUGCCCUUGGUCAUCUUGUAGGAGGGGCUUAGGAAAGGGAGGAAAGAGCUGCAUGGGGAGGGUGCAUUUUCAAAUUCUGCCAGUAUUUGUUGCCUUUACUUUAUCAGAUUUCUGCCAACCGCACCUUUGGGAGACAACAUAAAACAAAAACCACAGUUAAAUUCUGGAGUGUAUUGAUCAUCACAGAUUGUAGAUAUAUAGGAAAUGGAUCAGAUAUUCUGUCACACUUUAUGAGCAUAAGUUAUUUCCCAGUUGGAAAUGAAAGCUACAGUAAGCAUCAGAAGUUUGAAAAUCAGUAUUUUUUUAAACUUUUUUUUUUGUCAGAAAAACAUUUUGUAAUAAAAUCUUUUGUGACUGCAAGUGCUUUCAAAAAUUGUUGGUUCUAUAAAUAAAAUUUCUACAUUAUUGUAUCAGACAA